AUCAAGGGAGAUAAUAAUGUCAAUCGAUUAUCCAUACGCUUGCACAAUAUCCAAGCACAACACAAAAGGGUUGAUUAUUGGUCUAAGCCUGAGUAUUGAUCUCAUUCAGUAAUGUGUAUUCGCGUUUGUUUUCAUCGAUUCUAUGGAAAUGUAUGAGUAAAUGUUACAGCAGGCUAUUUAGCAUCAUUGGACAUACGCUUUAAAAAAUGACACUAAAUUGGUUUCUGGAGAGUGUACUUGUUGUAGCUAUGCUGUUAUUUUUUAACGAUGUGAUCAAAGCUUCAUUCUACGAGCCUCUAACAAACAACGAUGACACUGUAUGGAGAAUUCUUACCAGUCGUUAUAAAAGGUCGGAGAAAAUCAAAACUGACGUUAACGUUACCUCAUCAGAAAAACAGACAGAUUAUAAUGUUAGUUCGACAAAAGGUAAAAUACAAGGUACAAAGUGUUUCAACGAGUCAAUUACAUCAACGAAUGGUACAUUCUAUUGUCCAGACUCCGGACAUCCUUCAAAGUGGACAGCAUGCUGUGGAGACAAACCUCAACAGUAUUGUUGUUUGCCAGAUAUACGUAAAAACCAGAAGAAACAAGAUGUAACUCUUGAUUUAAUAACUGCCUUAAGUAUAGUGAUAGGAUUUAUAGUGUCGAUAUCUUGUUGUUUAUUGCUUUAUUGUUGUUGCUGUCAAAAACGAUCAGGAGUGCAUUCUGGGAAAUUAGUUUGGAUAAAAAGAAAAAAGCAAGGAAGUAAAACAGUGUAUACUACCAGUGACAAUCCAGACCUAGACGACGAUGAGCAGGAAGGCACAGAAUUAGUAGGUUUUAUAGAACAAAAAGACGAGGAAGGGUUUAGAUCAAGAACUGGCUCUGUUGCAGAGUCUAGACCCGGAUCAAGGAGAGCUUCUAAAGCAUCAAUAGAUCAUAAACAUGAGCAUAACCAUGAGCAUAAGCAUAAGCAUGACCAUAAACAUGAACAUAAGCAUGACCAUAACAAAACAGACACAGAUGCCGCUGCGAAUCAUUCUCCUGUUCCGGUUGUUAAACACGUGACUCCAUCAGGACAGGUGUUAAUGGUACCACUUAUUAAUAUUCAGGGUAGUACGCCAGGAACUUCACCAUCAUAGUAAUUACCAAUAGGAAAACCCAUUAGAUAUAAUUGAAUUCCAACGAUGUUUAUAUAUAGAAAGAAACAGAAGAAUAGAGACAUUUUAAGAUACGCAUUAAUGUAAUUCCUUUGACAAUGCUCAAAGACAACUUUCAAGUCAAGGGAAUGGAAUGGAUCUAAUCAAUGACAUCAAAACGAGGCGGUGUUCAAUGUUUGAUUACAACAUAAACAUCAGAACGAGGCGGUUAUUAUCAUUCAGAUAUGAAAUAUGUUGAUCAAUAUAUAUGAAGCAGGAUCAAAUCUGUCAGUCUUAAAAUUAAUUUGUAAAUACAAAAAAUGCUUAAUGUUAGACCUUAUUUGUAAACGGGUGGGAAAUGACAAAGUUUUGAUAACACAUGUACAGGAGAGCAUACUACUAUCUUUCUGAAUAAUUUUUUGGCAACUCGACAGAUUUCGUCCCGCUUUUAGAUGUUAAACAUCAAUCAAUGAAAUACAAUUGUAUUUUUUUUUUUUAUUUUACUGUUGUAUGAGUACACUUUUCAUUUAAGUACAUAUUGCACAUAUUUGCCUUUUUUAACAUCAUUAUUUAAAAAAUAAUCUAAUUGUACUGGUAUAUUAUAUUAUAUAUUGUUACAUACAAAUCAAUAAUCUUUAUUUUUAAUCUUAUUAAAUAAUUAAGUCUUAACCUUUGUGUAGGAUGCAAACACAAAUAGUACGUCUAUUUCAUCAUAGGUUUGUGUUUUGUCAAGGAUUUGAUAUGUUUGUGACUACGUAAAAUACAAGUGACAUCACAAACAAUGAAAAAUUACUAUUUGCUAUAAUUAGUGUUCAGGGGUGGGGAGAACGAAAACGUGGUGAUUUAACUUAGGCGUAUGGUAUAAGAAAUAUAAUUAAAGUGAUUUGAUAAAGAUAAGUUACUAUAUCAAAGCAUAAAGUGUGUCAUAUUCACGUGGUAUGUGUAUGGAGCUAGUGAAGCAUCUCAUUUUACAUGUGUUAAUGCUAUAUGUUAAAUGACUCUCUCAAUUAUACAAUGAUUAAAGCCAUUAAUUAUUUCGUGGUGGCUUUUGAUCAAACAAGUACAUAGGAAACUGAAUUUUGUAAACAUUCAAUGUCAAAUAUAAAACCUCUGUCAUUAGGCAAGAGAGACAAUCAGAUAAAGGUUAUGGCAAACACAUAGGUUCCAUGUAGCGUUCAUGUAGACGAAGUUAGACAAUCUACAUUUAAUACGACUCAGGUCUCUUGAAUCAUUUCAAUAUAUCCAUAUAAUAAUCAUUAUAUUUUGUCUUCGUCUUUUAUAUUGAAUAUACAAUUCACUGCAUUCAAAGAUUUAUUUGUUUAUCACAUAUCUGUUUAUUUAUAUUCUAAAGUUCUUUACCUUGAAUUUCAAAUAUUCCUGGAACGUUCAAUAACAUAAACUAAAAUAAAAAAAAUCGUCGUUUUUAUAUUACAAGAAGCGGCACAAGUUGGAAGUGAAUAUAUUAUUUUGACCUGUAAUUUUGAAGCAAUCUGUUUUAAUUUAUUUUAAUGCAUUAAAUAUUGCUGUGUUAAGACUUAACCUAUACAUGUUAUCCACUUUAUCAUUAAAAUAAAUCAGGAGUAUUUUAACAAAAAUGUUGAUCGAUUUAUUACUUUUCGUUGAAGGCUUUUUUUCUAAUGAUAAGCAAUAAAAAGCCCUGGAGCCAAACUGUAUUUCAAAC